CCUUGUGGUUGCCAACUUGCUCUAUGUUCUGCGAGUAAAGUUGUCAAAAUUAUUUGAAUAAAGUCCAAAAAGAAGAAAUUAAAUAAAAAUUUAAAGUUUAAUUGCAACAAUAGAGAAAGUAUGCUUCUGCUAUAUAUAUUUCAGUACAACAGAGCAAGUAUUUCCUUAAUUGGAAACAAAGCUAUCUUCAAAAUUAGAAGCUCAUUGAGAACAGAUCCAUCAUCCAUGUGCCCUAGAUGUCAUCUGGACAAGUUGGAGGUUUUGACUACUUCUCUACAUGCGAAUGAGGAAAACUGAUGUCUUGUUUCUGAAGUUUGCUCAAGAAGCGGUAGAAACGACCAGUUAUGGCGGGAACGGGAAACGAUCCACAGAAACAACUUCUAAGCAUCAUUCGCAAUUUCGCCACCGAGAAAUCUCAAGGAGAACGAAGAGUAGUUACUCUGAGAAAGCAAUUCGAAACACUUAAAUCAGAAUUAAGUGAUGCUAAUGAGGAACUUGAAAAAUCCAAACGCUGCAAAGAACUUGUUGAACAGGAACUUAAAGGCUUUGAACUUCAUUUGUUUUUGAGUGAAGCUUCAGUUCAAACCCUAGAGGCAAGGGUAUCUCUAAUUCAGAAUGAUAUGUCUGUUGUGGAAUCUGAUCUGGAAACUCUCAAGAAUGAAGAAGCGACUUUACGUGAUCUAUUCAUCCGCAACAUGCUUGACCUGAAUGCCAAAAUAAGGAAAUUUCAGGAGAGUAUUGUUAGUUGUGACAUUGAUUUCUCAUACAGUAUUAAUUGCAGAUCCAGCACCAGUAACUAUGGAGAAAAUGAUGCUGAUGCUGCUCUAGGGGCUCUUGAAAGUAGGCUUUCGGAGAUACUAUCUCAAACAACUAAAGAGGAUGAUGAAUUCCAAGCUCAACAGGAAAUUUAUAAGAAUGUCCAGCGUGAAUUGAGUGAUUGUGAAAGAAAGGUGUCUCUAAUGAAUAUGAUAGUCAUAGAAACAAAAGAAUUGCAAGAUCUCACCAUGCUGUCUUCUAAAUUAGAAGCAACAUACAGUUCACUUGGUGAGGAGCUUCAGAACAGAUCCAUAUGCCCUAGAUGUCAUCUGGACAAUUUGGAGGCUUUAACUGCUUCUUUACAGGCAAAUGAGGAAAACUGAUAUCUUAAACCUUCCAACAUUUGAUGCUAAAGACAAAUACAUACCUAUCUCGUAUACAAAUAGAAAACGGAUUGGGAACACCAGAUACUGAUUGCUAUCUCUUGUAUUUGUUUCUCGGUAGAUUGCUUUCACUGUUGACCAAUAUAAUCUGUAAAAUUUGCUUUUUCCAUAUAGUAAUAUUUUCUGAGUUGGAUAUGACUUUCCAAUCUAAAUUGCAUAUUGAUUCUCAACAAUGAUAAUAUAUUUUGGAAAUUUGGGAAGUGAAUUAUGCCCUAUUUUUUUA